UGUUCAGUGUAGCUUCGACAAUUGUAGCUGCCUUGCGAAUGUCGGGAGCCUGCCGAUGAGAACACGAUCACUGCAUAUCUGCUUUAUUAUUAAACUCUGCUCUUCCAGGCAACUUCCUCUUGAGAGCAUGAAGUUCAUUUCCUAAGCUUGCUGACUGGCCGCAUAGUUGCUGUCCUCUCCAAGUAUCCCCCAGCGGAACUACCAACGGUUCGGACCGCACCUCCUCUUACCCAAAGGUCCUCUCCGACAUGUCCAACGACGAAAUCGAAAGUCCGCCGUCGGACACGCUCCACGAUGCUGUUACGCUCACGGAGCCCCGGCGCAUACCUGUUGCGGUCAACCCAGUCGCGCUCGUGGUCACCGAAUGUAUAACGGUCACAUCUGCCAUGCGCAAGCAUGCACGCUGGGCCCAUUCUUCAGUUGCAGCCAUCCUGGGCGGCUCCUCCAACAAGACACCCGCCAUCCAAAAGAGAGACAGGGCUGGCCAGGGCAUCAUUGGCGGGACCGGCGAGCAGGAGGAAGCCGUCCCCAGCAGAUGGGGCCUGCGCGGGAAGAAGGGCAAGAGCAUGCAGGACAACCCGCUCAUGUCUGCCUUUGCGCGCCUGCGGAAUGAGCUGAAGGGCCGCAAGGACAUCCGGACCUUUGACACCCCCUCGAUGCUCCACCCGUUCCUUCAAGUGAUCCGGUCAUCCUCGACGUCUGCGCCCAUCACCUCGCUCGCGUUGAUUGCCAUCACCAAGUUCCUGUCCUACAACAUCAUCAGUCGCGACUCGCCGCGCCUCCCAGAAGCCAUGCAGCAGCUCUCGUCCGCCAUCACACAUUGUCGCUUCGAAGCGAGCGACUCCCCAGCCGAUGAGAUUGUUCUACUGCGGAUAUUGAAGCUUAUGGAGAGCAUGGUCUCGGGCCAAGCGGGCGAAGUGCUGGGAGACGAGAGCAUAUGCGAGAUGAUGGAGACUGGCCUCAGCAUGUGCUGUCAGUCUAGACUGUCGGAGCUGCUUCGACGGUCGGCCGAGAUUUCCAUGGUUUCCAUGUGCCACGUCAUAUUCAAGAGGCUGAAGACGCUGGAGAUGGAAUCUCCCGAAGAGCUUCAGAAGCUUGAUGAGGAGCUGGAUAGCGCCGAUAAGACAGACGGCCUCAAGAUGGAUCCUACAACGAAUGGUGAGAGCGAAGGAGCGCCCACCAAGGUCGAAGAACCCCAACAACCUAGCAAUUCGGAGAAAGGCGAGGGGGAUACCGACAGUAACGCCCCAAAUCCGGACCGAAGCACGCUGGACCUCCCAGGGACCAUCGUGGCAGAGCAAGCGCCCGUGGACAUAAAGCCGUACUCGUUGCCUUCGAUCAGAGAACUCUUCAGAGUCCUGGUAGACUUGCUCGAUCCACAUGACCGGCUACACACUGAUACCAUGCGUGUCAUGGCUCUGCGCAUUGUCGAUGUUGCACUUGAAGUGGCUGGUCCAUCAAUUGCUAAUCAUCCCAGCCUGGCCAACCUGGCCAAAGACACGCUCUGCCGACAUCUUUUCCAGCUAGUCAGAGCAGAGAAUAUGGCCAUCUUGAACGAAUCCUUGCGUGUAGCCGGGACGCUGUUAGCUACAUGUAGAAAUGUUCUCAAGCUGCAGCAGGAGCUGUAUUUGUCCUACCUUGUCGCCUGUCUGUUUCCACGAAUGGACAUACCUAUAGAGCCAGGGAUAGAACCGUCUCUGUACGAAGGUGUACCACAAGCGCCGAGCCUCGUCAAACCCGCUCCACAGCAGAACCCAGGGAGUGGUCGGGCUACGCCUGUACCAGUAAAAGACCGACAAAAGCUUGGCCUAGAGGGAGGGGCUAGGAAACCCGAUGCUCGAGAAGCCAUGAUCGAGAACCUCGGCGCCCUAGUUCGCAUACCAUCCUUUAUGGCAGAGCUGUAUGUUAACUAUGACUGUGAGACAGACCGGAACGAUGUUUGUAUGGACAUCAUUGGGCUCCUGUCUCGGAACGCGUUCCCCGACUCAGCGACGUGGAGCACAGUCAACGUACCGCCACUCUGCUUGGACGCCUUGCUGGGGUUUGUUCAGUCCAUCGCAGACCGGCUGGACGAUGAGCCAGUGACAGAAGGCUUUCCUAGCGCAGAGACACUACGCGAACAGCGUUCACGAAAGAACAUCAUCAUUCGCGGUGCUACCAAGUUCAAUGAAAGGCCCAAAGGUGGAAUAGCAUUCCUAGCUUCUCAAGGCAUCAUUGAGAAUCCCGACGAUCCCAACAGCAUAGUUCAAAUCUUACAAGGCACAAGUCGCGUUGACAAAAAGGUUCUUGGAGAAUUCAUCUCGAAGCGAGGCAAUGAGGCGAUUCUACAAGCUUUUAUUGCUCAGAUCGAUUUCACUUCCCUCCGCGUCGAUGAAGCUCUGCGACGUCUCCUAAACACUUUCCGUCUUCCUGGCGAAUCAGCUCUCAUCGAGAGAAUCGUGACCGAAUUCUCGGCGCAAUAUCACCAACAGGUUGGUGCCGGAGACAUUGCGAAUACGGAUGCCAUCUACAUUUUGUGCUACGCCAUCAUCAUGCUCAACGUCGACCAGCACAGCCCUAACCUGAAAGGCAACAAACGCAUGGCUUUCGAAGACUUUGCGAGGAACUUGCGAGGUGUUAAUGACGGCAAGGAUUUCGACCCGGAAUAUCUCAAGUCAAUCUUCGAAUCCAUCAAGACUCGUGAGAUCAUCCUUCCCGAGGAGCACGAGACCCGUCAUGCCUAUGACCACGCAUGGAAGGAGCUUUUGCUCAAGACACAGUCGACCUCAGACCUUGUCAUCUGCGAUACAAACAUUUUCGACGCAGACAUGUUUGCUGCCACAUGGAAACCCAUCGUAGCCACUUUGUCAUAUGUGUUCAUGUCAGCAACUGACGACGCUGUCUUCUCACGGGUUGUCACAGGCUUUGACCAGUGCGCUCAGAUCGCCGCGAAAUACCAGUUGACCGAUGCGCUAGAUCGCAUCAUCUCAUGUCUCGCGUACAUUAGCACGCUUGCUCCAGAUGUUCCACCCAGUACGUCGUUGAACACCGAAGUGCAAGUAGAGAAGAAGAGUGUCAUGGUCAGCGAGACAGCCGUUCGCUUUGGUCGAGACGGAAGGGCGCAGCUGGCCACCGUUGUGUUGUUCCAAGUUAUCAAAGGCAGUGAAGCCUCGAUACGAGAUGGUUGGAACCAUCUCAUCCACAUUAUGGUCAAUUUAUUUGUCAAUUCUUUGAUACCCCCUUACUUCUUGUCUUUCCAGAAAACGUUGGCGUUGCCGCCAAUACCACUCCAAAGCCCGGCUCAGAUCAUCGAUCGCGUCGAACGUCCUGCAGAUACCGGCAUCUUCUCUGCGUUGUCAUCUUACGUCUCUAGCUUUGCUAAUGACGAGCCUCCGGAGCCAUCCGACCAAGAGAUCGAAUACACGCUCUGCACGGUGGACACGGUCAAAGAAUGCCAUUUCGAAGAUAUUCUUGCAAACAUCAGCCAACUACCACUGGAAUCACUUCGGUCGUUGUUGAUGUCGCUGCUCGAGCAAAUACCCGAAGAUGGCUCACCCAGGGUCAUCGUGGUGAAACCUGAGCUUCCUUCGGCAGUAAGCCCGCGUACCAACGGAAACAAAGCCAAGCUCAACAGGCCGGUCUAUGACCCCAGCUUGGUCUUUGUCUUGGAACUAGCUACCGUGCUCGCCCUUAGAGAUGACGAGACCGUGCAAGAGCUAGCGAAGGAUGUUGCGGAUGCGCUGUCGACGGUGAUCAAGGAUGCAGCUAAAUUGCACCCCGUGCUCAUAGCCCGAUGUGUAUACUACCUCCUGAGCAUCUUGAAGGCUAGCAAUGACCACGACUUUAUUAGAGCUCCUGUUCUCUUACACACAUUCUCCAAGUUCGACGAGGAGCUUCUGAAGCAGUGCGCGAGCCCACUGUUAAAGGGCUUGGCGGAUUGCUUGAAGGGUCCGAAUGGGCUGCGCGUUGAACUAGCCAGCUCUCCAGACUUUUGGGCCAUCCUGAACAAGUUACAACGUGUGCCUGAGGCGGCAGGCGAUGUCUUCCAGCUAGUGGAGGACCUCACCACUUCUUCGCUACCUGGUGUCACAGCGGACAACUACGAAGCCGCUAUCGCGUUGCUAAAUGAGUUUGCAACUACGGCUCAGGUCGGCGCAAGGCAGGAACAGUUGUAUGACCAGGCGGUAAAGCGAGGCAAAGCUCCCAAGCCUAAGAAGCCAGAGAGCGACGAAAUUGUCGUACGCGGGAGCACGGCCAUGACCAUCGUAUUCCAAAUGACCAACCGAGUGCCCAAUUUCAUUGAACAAUCACACCUUGAGACGACCGAAGCCUGGACAGCCUACUGGUCACCAAUCCUGAAGACGCUCACGCAUCAGUGCCUCAAUCCGUGCCGCGAAAUCCGGCAACAAGCGUUCGGAGCGUUGCAGCGAACCUUGCUCUCCAACGAACUCGCGUCCCCAGACCACCAGGAAUGGACCGCCAUCUUCAGCGAAGUCUUGUUCCCUCUCAUCACACAGCUCCUGAAGCCCGAAGUGUACCAGUCCGACCCCCUCGGCAUGAGCGAAACGCGUGUCCGCGCGGCGACACUGCUCUCCAAGGUCUUCCUGCACUACCUCACGCUGCUCUCGGAGACGGACGAUCUGCUGGACCUUUGGCUGAAGAUCAUCACCAUCAUGGACCGCUUGAUUAACAGCGGCCAGGGCGACAACCUUGAGGAAGCGGUCAGCGAGAAUCUGAAGAACAUGCUGCUUGUCAUGUCGAGUGGCGGGUAUCUUGUUCCGCCGGAUGAGAAGCCGGAGAAAGAGGAGCUGUGGAACGAGACGUGGAAGAGGAUCAAUCGUUUCCUGCCUAACUUUUUCGCCGAGCUUUUCCCUGAAGAGGCGAAGAAGCCAAAGGGCGAAAGGAAAGCUAAAGAUGCCGUAGCAAAGGGCAAGGAGAUUGAGAAGGCGCCUGCGGAAGGCACAGAAGACGAGGAGAAGGCAGGCAAGGAGGAGGCUGGGGCGUGAAGUCACGGGGUUGGAGUUUUCCUUCUGUGCAGAGUCAGAAGUGGCGUUCGUGGAUAUGGCAGAGGAUAUGUAGCAUAGAUGUACAAUGCGCAUCGGCAUGAGGUUAUUUGAAGGCAUGUAGAGGAAUGAGGAGAGUAUCGC